CACCUUUUGCCGUACUUUGCAGGUCAACCGCGCCGCUUUCAGCGUCCCCCAGCUAACAGCACACCCAGUCGAGUCGCAUCGCAUUAGACUCUGAUUCUCGUGAACCGUGCAAUCCGUCACUGUCUGGUAUCCCUGAAGUCUCGAUACCAACGUCGUAUGCGUUUCUCUGCGAUCAAGAUUACUCGAAUUGGGCGUACGCUGCGGAGGCAGUGAUCGGGUAUUUCGCAGAGGUUAGGCAUAUUUUGCUGGCGCUUUUCUGCAAAGGGAAACUCCGUAUUCCCUGCAAGAUCUGACUUCGAGUCUCUAGCCUCAAACCAUCCUCACAGAGACCAGCGUCAACAACUAGUGAGGCCAUUAGCUUCCGUCGCGUCUUCGUCCGGACCGCUUUGGGAUCAUCUACGGUGGUCAGGCCCAGAUUAGACGACGGCGAGACAACGCCGAGAGACGGGCGUCAUGCCUCGCUCAAGCUUUUCGGACAAUCCGCUGCUUCGCGUGUCACGCCCAGUAUCUGCCUGCUCGAGAUGUCGGGCGGCCAAAGUAAAGUGCGAUGGCAAAUUGCCGGCAUGUACUGCCUGUGAGAAGGCCGGCCGCGAGAACGAGUGCUCAAGCGCAAAUGAUCAGUUUGCGCGGGGCAAAGAACGCAGCUAUGUCGCCGCCUUGGAGCUUCGCAUCGAGAAACUCGAACGACGUCUUGCAUACGCGAGGUCCAGGAAGGCCUCCGUUGCCCAACAUGAAUCCGACGUUGCUCCGACCCAGGAGCCGGAUCGCAAAGACUCGUUAGCAACCAUCAGAGCGGCUAUUCAUCGCAAAGCCGCUCAAAAACGCGAGAACUCCGAUGUCAACUCCCUCAUGUCGGACUUUGGCUUUCUAUCCAUAAAUGCGACAACAAGAGAUUUUGAGCCAUCUAUGAACUGCAUGACUUUUGCACGUCUCGUUCUAGCAGCUGCCUCAAAUGACCCUCUCCCAGACGUCCGAAACUGGGCAUUGCCCCCAAGGCAUAGUGCGCUGUCUAUUGUGCAAUUCUAUAUGACCAACAUCUACUCGCUUUAUCCGUCCUUUUCUGAAACUACCCUUUAUGCCGCCUUGGACCAAUUAUACAUGCAGCAAGAUCGUGGAAUGAAGGACGCAGAUUACUGGCUGGCGUACAUGGUUCUCGCAAUUGGCUCGACCGCCCAGAGCCAGAGUAGCCAGGACGUGAACUACACCAACGGUCUUGACUUUGUAGCCAAGGCUUUUGAACACGCGGACAGGGCACUGAUGCCGGGAUACGUGACUCAGAUACAGUCACUAAUUCUCCUGACGCAAUACUCGAUGCUUGACCCAGCCCAUUUUGACAGCUGGCACUUGAUAGGGUUCACUUGCAGGGCAGUCAUCGAUCUUGGAUUCCAUCAAGAUCCGCCACGAGAGCAAAUAACCGACAAGGCCGUACUGGACAUGCGGCGGAAAACAUUCUAUUGCGCGUAUUCCCUUGACAGGUCUAUCAGCAUGAUUCAAACGCGUGCAUUCUCCUUCACAGACGCAGCAGCGAAUGUGGCUUGGCCGAGACCGUCAUCUUUCAGCUGUCGAGCUUCCAUUACGGGACAGCUUCUCUCCGGGUCUGAGCCUGCUUUUUUGCUCUUCCAGCUGCGACGUGCCCAGUCUCACUGGUAUCAGAUACUGUACCAGUCCGAACCAACGCCGCUACCCGAUGCGGCUUCCUUCAUCUGGCAGAUGUGCCAGGACCUACGAGAAUGGGUGGAGACUUUGCCUACCAGCUUGCCCGUGGGUAUGAGGGAGCUGUUCGACCUCGAAGUUCAUUACAGCUCCGUUUACGUUCUUGCACCGCCGGAACGGGCGCCGCAAACGUCUGCUUUCAGCCGGGUGCUCAUUUUUGAGCAUGCUAUUGCUUACCUCGACCGCGCAUACGAUAUUGCCCACAGCGGUGUGAACUCCGCCUUCUACACGUACCAUGAUGCCCUUCGCGUCUUCUUCAUGGCGAACCAGUUCGUCGCGGUGCUGCACGACACGGAGGAUCUGCUUUUAGCGGAUGUCGCCGUCGCACCACCACCGACUGAUCCGGGAAAGCCGCACGCCCCACCCUUGCCGGCGCGUCCAGGUGGUCCAUCGGUAGAUAACUUGGACAGGAGUUUGGGAUGCCUUGAGAGGACCACGCAGACGUUGACGAAAUAUGGUGAACGGUGGCGUGACUCGGAAGCGCUGAAACAGACUUUCGAGAGAAUCGCCGGGGAGGUGAUCGAUAGACUGAGGGUGAGACAGCAGAUCCGUCAACGGGCUUCACCCCCCCAGUCCGUUUCGCCGCCUUUGCCAAGGGAGAUGAGGUGGGUUGAUGUUGACGUGCAGUCAAUGAUGCGGGGAAAUCGAGGAAUAUAGGAUGACCAACAGGAUUCUAGUGCCAUCAGGCGCCUAAGCGUUUCUCACGGCCUCUUGUUCGGGACGGCAUGCUAAUUUACUUGACUAUAUUUCCGUGAUGACCUAGGCUUUCAUAUCUGGUAUCAUCUUACGUCAUCUGGCAUUUAUGUUACAUGGUAGCAACAACAAAGUGGUGGAAAUCUGGUAAUCGAACAUACGACACACUUCUCAGGCAGUAUGUCCAGUGUCGAAGGAGUACGAAUGAAUAUUAGUCAGAUGUGUUGUUGAUUACCAUAGUAGCUCAUAGUAUUCUGUCAGCCCUAGCUAUGAUGGAAAUGUUGAAACCACUCGAGCUGUUGUUAGUGCUGAAUAACCAACCCAUGCGAUUACUUAAGUAGUAGUUCAAAAAUGCAGGUCGGCCAGCAGCCGAAACUGGAAAC